CCAUCUUCGCGUCUAACUAACGGGUCUUUAGUCUUUACGUACACAUUAAAAUAGGAAGAACAGGAUUUUAACCGAAAUCUGUGACAGUUUCUGUUUAUCAUGGACGCCCUUAGUGUCGAUAUCAACGUGUAUAUUGAUAUGGAUUGAGAAGCAGGAACGCAUUUAAGUUGAGAGGAUUUCGAAAAUCACCGUCGCAGCGGAAUUACUGUCGAAGUAAUUUCUUGUGACACGGUACAUGUCAAAGGUUGUUGUUGGCGCGGAAGAUUAUUUCUAAAUUUGGCACAAACAAAUGAAGAAUUCUGGAAUAACAUGAAAACGUUGCAGUCAGGUAGCUGAAUAAUGGCUGUGUGUGGCAAUCCAGCCUUCAAGAUAAUUCUAUGUGGAGACUAUGGUGUUGGCAAGAGCUCACUGUUUCGACGUUUCACCAGCAACACAUUCAUAGAGGGCAGUGUGAGAGAAUCCGCUCUAGGCUUGGAUCAUUAUGCACAAACGUUUAGCGUCACUUCCAAAGACGAUUUCAAGGUGCAGCUUUGGGACACCGGCGGAAUGGAGCGUGUUGCCACGGUUACGAGCUCCUACUACAAGUUCUCGGACGCGGCAAUCCUGACCUACUCAGCCGAGGACCUCGAGUCUUUCAACAACCUCUCUCAGCACAUCCUCGAGAUUGUCUCGUACGCCGAGAACGCGAAGAUAUUUCUGUGCGGAAACAAGGCGGACCUUCACGAAUACGUAACGGACUCGCAGAUCAACGAAUUCAAGGAGCAGUGCCAGGACCUGAUCGUGAAGAGCUACAAGGUGUCGUGCAAGUCGGGUGUGCGCGUUCACGAGAUGUUCCAGGACGUAGCCGAGACGCUGUCGCGAGAGAAUCGCCAGCGCAUCGACCCAGACGCUUUCAAAGUGGCGCCACCUGUAGAGCCAAAAAGUAAAUGUGGGUGUGGGACGGGGUGAGUAGCCGGGGCGACAAGGAGGAAAGUAUAUGAGCAUCCUUCCUUCGCUGCACCGUCGGAGACUAUGCGUGCCGCAGCGAGUUUUUACAGAAAUGUAGAAAUAGCCAAUGUUUGCAGUGAUUUUGGAAACGGUUGCACGGUGCUGCCACCUAUCGGAGUGUAAAAUCGGUUUUUUUCUGUUGGGUGAUUCCUGUAUUUGUAUGUAAAAUUAGGUUAUACAUGCGCAUGUGGGAUCUCUGCUGAAGUGGUAGUUUGGUUAUUUGGGUAUAGGUGCCACAAACCGAAAAACUGAAUCGAAUCUACUAGCCGUGAUAUAAUUACCUUACGUAUGUGUAUAGUACUAUCAGAAGUAGAUAAUAGGGAAGGAGUGUGACUUCAAUAAACAAGGGAAAUUCGUCAUUUACUAACCUUAG